AUGGAUUCCUUUGCUGCCAACUCCAAGAAAUCAUUCCACAUCCGUUCAAACAGUUUGCCCUCAAAGCCACAUCCAGUUGUGGAUGAAGUUAACGAACAUCUCUGUAGAUUGAAGGCCUCUGAAACCACUUCUUCCUCUUCUUCUUUGUGCCAAAAACUUGAUGGUCUUCAAGAUUUACAUGAUUGCAUUGAUAAGUUGCUUCUUUUGCCGCUCACCCAUCAAGCUAUUGUUGACAACCAAUCAGUCAAUGACUUGCUAGAAGGAUCUCUCAAGGUCUUGGACGUGUGUGCUUUGGGUAAGGAUGUUUUAUCACAAAUGAAAGAAUCUGCACAUGAACUCGAGUCGACGUUGCGUAGAAGACGAGGAGACGACAUCGUCGGUGACGUUCAGAAGUAUUUGAACUCAAGGAAGAUGAUAAAGAAGACAAUCCACAAGGUCUUGAAGGGAAUGGAGAGGCCAAGUGCCCAAAAAAGUGAUGAAAGUUCAGAAAUUGUUAGCUUGUUAAAAGAGGCAGAAGCCAUCACAUGUAACAGCCUUGAGUCCUUGCUAUCAUUUGUAGCAGGACCAAAGGUGCCAUCAAAGAUGUCCCCCACAGUGGCAGACAUAUAUCAUUUUUCAGGUGUAAUUUAA